AUCAUGGACGCCAUUGGGGGAAGGGAUGCCAAACUGCGCUGCGUCUGACGUCAGGGCGCAGGAGAGAGGAGGCGAUGAGAGGAAGCUGCAAUAAACACACAGGGCGUCUGCGCCUAUCUAAGUAGGACAAUAAAGUGAAAACGGCAUCAAUGCUCUAACAAUGGAUUUAUCAGAUAUGCUUCUUCUUAAAGUUUUCCUCUUCGUGUACUUACUAAACUACACCCAAGGACACUACAGAAAUCCCCUGAACAAGUACAUCCGUCACUAUGAAGGCCUGUCCUACGACACAGAGCUUGUGCACAGCAAGCAUCAGAGGGCCAAGAGGGCACUCUCUCAUGAAGACAAGUUCCUUCAUUUAGAUUUUCAUGCCCAUGGAAGGCAUUUUAAUUUACGAAUGAAGAGGGAUACCACCUUGUUUGCCCAAGGUUUAAAGGUAGAUGUUUCAGGAGAAGAGAUGCCAUAUGAUACCUCUCAUAUCUACACUGGGGAAAUCUACGGUGAGAAAGGGACCCUGACUCAUGGCUCCAUUGUGGAUGGUAAGUUUGAGGGCUUCAUUCAGAGCUACCACGGCACCUACUACGUGGAGCCUGCUGAGAGAUACUUGGAGGGCAAAGAUGUGCCCUUCCACUCUGUCAUCUACCACGAAGACGACAUUCACUACCCGCACAAGUACGGCCCAGAGGGAGGCUGUGCUGAUAGCUCUGUGUUUGAAAGGAUGAAGAAGUACCAAGCCUCUGCUGUAGAGGAGCCACCCAAGGAGCUCCACACUGAUGCGGGCUCCAAUGACCCCGUACUACUGAGGAAGAAGAGGAUGGCCCAGGCUGAGAAAAACACGUGCCAGCUUUUCAUUCAGACUGACCAUCUCUUCUACAAGUACUACAAGACCAGAGAGGCUGUCAUUGCUCAGAUCUCCAGUCAUGUCAAGGCCAUUGAUGCCAUCUAUCAGGGCACAGACUUCAUGGGCAUUCGAAACAUCAGCUUCAUGGUGAAAAGGAUCAGGAUAAACACCACCAGUGAUGAGAGGGACCGGUCCAACCCGUUCCGCUUUGCCAACAUUGGCGUGGAGAAGUUUCUGGAGCUCAACUCGGAGCAGAACCAUGACGACUACUGCUUGGCUUAUGUUUUCACUGACAGAGACUUUGAUGACGGAGUAUUGGGUUUGGCCUGGGUGGGAGCCCCCUCAGGGAGCUCUGGAGGCAUCUGUGAAAAAAGCAAGCUGUACUCAGACGGAAAAAAGAAGUCUCUCAACACUGGUAUAAUCACUGUACAGAACUAUGCCUCCCACGUACCUCCAAAAGUCUCCCAUAUCACUUUUGCGCAUGAAGUAGGACACAACUUUGGCUCCCCGCAUGACUCUGGAUCUGAGUGCACCCCUGGAGAAUCCAAGAGCCAAGACAAGAAGGAGAAGGGCAAUUAUAUCAUGUAUGCAAGAGCUACAUCAGGAGACAAGCUCAACAACAAUAAGUUUUCCAUCUGUAGCGUUCGCAACAUCAGCCAGGUGCUGGAAAAGAAGAGAAGCAACUGCUUUGUUGAGUCUGGCCAGCCCAUCUGUGGUAAUGGCCUGGUGGAGCCAGGAGAGGAGUGUGACUGUGGCUACAGCGAUCAGUGCAGGGACCAGUGUUGCUAUGAUGCCAACCAGGCUGACAACAAGAAGUGCAAAUUAAAGCCCCACAAAGUCUGCAGUCCCAGCCAGGGACCUUGUUGUACUGCCGAGUGCACUUACAAGGGUCGUAAUGACAAGUGCAGAGAUGAGUCAGAGUGUGCUCACCAGGGCAUGUGUAAUGGAGUCAGUGCCCAGUGCCCCACAUCUGAGCCCAAGGCCAACUUCACCGCCUGCCAUGGAGAGACUCAAGUCUGCCUCAACGGGGGCUGCUCCGGCUCCAUCUGUGAGAAGUACGGGCUUGAGGCAUGCACCUGUGCCAGCCAAGAUGGCAAAGACGAGACUGAGCUUUGCCAUGUGUGCUGCAUGGAGAAGAUGAACCCCAACACGUGCAGCAGCACCGGAUCAGAGCGUCUGGCUCGUUUCUUCAAUAAGAAAGUGACCACACUGCCAGCCGGCUCACCUUGCAACGACUUCAAGGGCUACUGUGACGUGUUCAUGAAGUGCCGUCUGGUAGAUGCAGACGGACCACUUGCCAGGCUAAAGAAGGCCAUCUUCAACCCAGAGCUCUACGAGAAUAUUGCAGAGUGGAUUGUGGCCCAUUGGUGGGCAGUGUUGUUGAUGGGUAUUGCCCUCAUCAUGCUCAUGGCUGGCUUCAUUAAGAUCUGUAGUGUGCACACACCGAGCAGUAACCCCAAACUUCCCCCUCCCAAACCACUUCCAGGCACUUUGAAGAGACGACGAGCGCAGCAGCAUGCUAGCUCCCAGGUGCAGCAUCAGUCUCAGCACCCACACUCCCACCAGCACGGUCACGGCGGCCACGGGGGCCACGGCGGCCACGGCGGCCACGGGGGCCAGCGGCAACCCCAGAGGCAGCCUCAGCGGCAAGCGCAGCCCCAGAGGCACCACCGUCAGCCCAGAGAGAACUAUCAGAUGGGCCAGAUGAGACGCUGAGACCUUGCACCCCGCCCCCCUCCUCCCCCCAAUGCCUUGGCUCUUCCUUGUGCCUACAGUGGGAAACAAAAGCGUCACUCCAUCCAAAGAAAAGCCUAACAUGGUUGUUAGUCACCAUCAUAUCCUCCAUCUACAGACAAAACAGACACGUGGAAAAGAGAAGACACUAUCUAGCAACUCAAUUGGCACUUUGUGGAGUGGACUCGACCAUCAGCCAUUUCCAGUACAGUGCGAUCUAGCAUCUUUUUCCACCUUUUUUUGGUUUGUUUUUUGGUUUUUGUUUUUGUUUUUUAAGGAGUGCCAAGGAGUUAAGGAAUCAUGUGUAGCUUUAGUACAUUAUGU